AUGGAAGAGACUGACCAAAAAGCUCAACAAGUUAUUCUUCCACCAACAGAGAUUAAAGACGGAUUAGCAAAGAUACGUGAUGAAAUAGCAGAUUUGGUUUCUGAAAAGUUUGAUGAAUUUAUUAAACAAUAUCAAAUGAGUAAAUAUGAAACAGAAAUUCAUUUAUUAAUUGAAAACGAACGGACAACAUUAUUUAUUGAUUUUAAUGAUCUUCAAAAAUUUGAUGAAGACGUGUCUGGGGCUCUUCAAAAUCAAUACUAUCGUUUUGAAAAGGUAUUAGUUGCUGUUGCUGCAAGCAUUGGUAAUAAAUACUAUCUUCAAAUAAAUGGUAUUUUCCCUUUAAAAGAUACUAUUGAUGCUAUUGGAUUUUAUAAUUUACCUUACUCAGUUACUGUUAGAAAACUUCACUCAAAUCUUGUAGGGUGUUUAACUUCUUUUUAUGGAACAAUUACUCGUUCUUCUGAAGUCCGUCCUGAACUAAUCGAAGGUGUCUUUAAAUGUUUGGAUUGUGGAUGGGAAUCACCACCUAUUCCUCAACAAUUUAAAUACACUCAACCAAUGCGUUGUUUAGGAUCUGGUUGUACAAACACAUCUCGAUUUCAGUUACUUCUUGACAAAUCUGUAUUUACAGAUUGGCAAAAAGUUAAAGUUCAAGAAUGUUCAAAUGAAAUUCCAAGUGGUUGUUUACCUCGAUCUAUUGACGUGAUUUUAAGAGGUGAAAAUGUAGAACAAGUAAGACCAGGUCAAACAUGUACAUUUGUAGGAAUAUUAAUUGCCGCACCUGAUACAACAAGACUUUCAGUUGGUAGGAAUGUCACUGCAGUUCAAGAAAAAGAAAAAAAACGACCAGGAGAAUUAGAACAAGGAAUUAAAGGAUUAAAUGAUUUAGGUGUAAGAGAGUUAGUAUAUAAAUUAUCUUUUAUUUGUAAUUGUAUACAACAAAGUGAAAAAUCUGUUAAUAAUGAAAUUGAUAAACCAUUAACAAAAGAAGAAUUAGAAAGAGUAAAAGAAAUUAGUUUACAUCCUGAUGUUUUUCAAAUGUUUAUCAAUUCAUUUGCCCCAAAUAUUUUUGGACAUGAAAAUAUCAAAAAAGGUAUUUUAUUAUUAUUAUUUGGUGGUGUUCAUAAAACAACAAAAGAAGGAAUUGCGUUGAGAGGAGAUAUUAAUAUUUGUGUUAUUGGAGAUCCAUCAACUGCAAAGUCUCAGUUCUUAAAAUGUGUUUCUACAAUUCAUCCUCGUUGUAUAUAUACUUCUGGAAAGGCUAGUAGUGCAGCUGGUUUAACAGCUGCUGUAUUAAAAGAUCCAGAAACAGGAGAUUUCAAUAUUGAAGCUGGGGCAAUGAUGUUGGCUGAUAAUGGAGUUUGUUGUAUUGAUGAAUUUGAUAAAAUGGAUUAUUUUAAUCAAGUUGCAUUGCAUGAAGCUAUGGAACAACAAACAAUUUCAAUUGCAAAAGGAGGUUUACAUGCUACACUUAAUGCUCGUGCUGCUGUUCUUGCAGCAGCAAAUCCACUAAAAGGAAGGUAUGACUCUAAUAGAUCGUUAAAAUCAAAUUUAAAUAUUGGAGAUGCAUUAAUGUCUCGUUUUGAUUUAUUCUUUGUUGUGUUAGAUGAACCAAAUGAAGAAAGUGAUCGAAGAAUUGCCGAACAUAUUGUUAGUGUCCAUCAAUUUAAAUCUGCUGCAUUACAUCCUCCUGUUUCUAGUAAUGAUUUGAAGUUGUAUAUUCGACAUGCUAAAACAAUAACACCUCAAUUAACACAAGAAGCAAAAGAGCUUUUAGCAAAAACAUUUGCUGAUUUACGUAAAAGCGAUAUGACAGGAAAAGAAUCAAAUCCAUUUCGUAUGACAGUUAGGCAAUUAGAAUCUAUGAUUCGUUUAAGUGAAGCAUUAGCUCGAUUAUACUUAGAUAAACAAGUACGAGAUGAUUACGUUAAAGAGGCAAGUAAUUUGAUAAAACAAUCAAUUGUAUUUGUUGAAGAUAAAAACGAAGAAGAACAAGGUACAACAAAUGACAAUGAAGAUGUUAUAGAUGAUAUAUUGCAAUGGAAAUGA